UGCGUGAACACAGCCUCCACUUGUAAUACUUCGCAAACCUAAAUCGUCUUCUUCGCCCCCUUUUUAUAGAAGCCAUUUCUUCCCCAUUAUUGUCCUGCUGCUGUGAUUCUGAUUUCAAACUUCCAUUCAGAUCGAGAUUAAGACAGAGAGAAAUAUGGGGGUGAUUAGGACAACUGAGAGCUUAGAGGCCGAGGCAGAAGAGUUUCGUGAGAUGCUCCUGCGGGGCACGGGAACCAUGCCGUGGAAGCGAAGCCCCGCCGCCGUUCGCAGAGGAUCGGACGGCGACGAAUUGGGCUACGACAGCCGCAUGGUCUGCGUUACCAGUGCCGUCUCUUUCCUAGGCUUCGCCAUCGUCUCCCGCCUCUUUUCCCGUGGUUAUCCCGUCCGCCUUGCCCUUGAAAAUCAAGAAGAUCUGGAAAAGCUGAGGGAGUUGCAGAUGUUCGAUGAAAUGGAGGAGCGUGUUUCGACUAUGAUAGCAAGCUUUAUGGACAUUGAGAGUCUCUGUCGAGCAUUUGAUGGAUGCAUUGGUGUUUUCCACACCUCCAGCUUCAUUGACCCUGGUGGUUUGUCUGGAUACAACAAACACAUGGCAGAGCUUGAAGCCAGAGCUGCAGAGCGAGUGAUAGAAGCCUGUGUGAGGACUCCAAGUGUUAGGAAAUGCGUAUUCACAUCAUCAUUGUUAGCCUGCGUUUGGAGGCAGAGUUCACCUCUUAAUCAACAGCUCACCAGGUUCAUCAUCGACGAGAAUUGCUGGAGUGAUGAAGGACUUUGUAGGGACAAGAAGCUAUGGUUUGCACUGAGCAAGCUGAUGGCAGAGAAGGCAGCUUGGAGAGCAGCUCGAGGAAGGAAUCUAAAAAUUGUAACUGUAUGCCCAGCUCUUCUGACUGGCCCUGGCUUUCGCCGUCGGAACUCCACAGCAUCCAUUGCUUACCUCAAAGGAGCGCAAGAGUUAUUCACAGAUGGAAUGUUGGCGACUGUGGAUGUCAACAAGGCUGCACAAGCCCAUGUGUGUGUCUAUGAGGCCAUGGGUAGCGGCGCAGCUUGCGGCAGGUACUUGUGCUUUGAUCAUGUCAUUCAGAGAGUUGAAGAAGUCGUCGAGCUGGAACGCCAGCUCGGGAUACCAAGCAGGAUAUCUUUGGGCACAAAUGAUGUUGGAGCAGAUCAUCCGAGUUGGUUUGAGCUUAGUAAAGGGAAGCUGUCAAGGUUAAUGUCUUCAAUGAGAAGGUGCACAUAUGAUAAUUAUGUUUUCUGAAUUGUGAUCUAAGGUGAACCAGUGAGUACUUUUGAUAUGAUUCAUCUGUUUUUCAUUCCAUUAAAUGUUUGAGUAUAAUGCCUAUCAUGUUGAAGGGGAAUUAUGCGCAAGAGAAGAUGGAGUGUUAGGCAGUUUGUACAAAGUUUACAUAUUUGUUAAUGCAAUAAGAGGUUUAAUUUGGGACA